GCUCAGCAAAUCCCUCCAUCCAAACAGAGUGCUAGAGAAACUGGGGGAAAGCGAGAGAAUAUCUAGGGUGAGAAGAGGAGAGAGAAAGAGAGGGGGGACGGGAGACCUUGGAGUUUCAGUUCACCUUGGAGUUUCCGACUUCCUCUGUUUCUCAACCGCUCAGGAACUUCUUCCAGUCACUGUGAUUAGUUCAUCAAGCUGUGCUCAAGUGCUUUUUUACAGAGCUAUCAUGAGCCUUGGUGGCCCUUCCGUGGGUUCUGAUGGGGGAAGUGCUAGAAGGGCAUUUGAGUUUGGGGGGACCCAUGUGGUCAGGCCCAAAGGCAGACACCAGGCCACUAUAGUCUGGUUGCACGGCCUUGGCGAUAAUGGUGCCAGCUGGUCCCAACUCCUGGAGACGCUCCCUCUUCCAAAUAUUAAAUGGAUUUGCCCAACUGCUCCUUCUCAACCAAUAUCUUUGUUUGGUGGUUUUCCUUCUACUGCUUGGUUUGACGUAAAUGACCUUUCGGAAAAUGCUCACGAUGAUUUAGAGGGUUUGGAUGCAACAGCAGCACAUGUUGCAAGUCUGUUAUCCACAGAGCCCACUGACAUUAAGCUUGCAGUUGGAGGUUUUAGUAUGGGUGCAGCAACAGCCCUCUAUUCUGCAACUUGCUUUGCUCUUGGGAAGUAUGAGAAUGGCAGCCCAUACCCAGCCAAUUUAAGUGCCGCUGUUGGACUAAGUGGCUGGCUUCCAUGUGCAAAGAACUUGAGUAGUAGGAUAGAAGGGAAAGAUGAAGCUACAAGACGGGCUGCAUCCUUGCCUAUUAUGGUUUGUCAUGGUAGAGGUGAUGACGUGGUUCGUUUUAAAUUUGGUGAAAAAUCCUCACAAGCCUUGAGUUCAGCUGGAUUUCAAGACGUGACAUUCAAAGCCUACAAUGGGCUUGGCCAUUACACAAUUCCUGAAGAGAUGGAUGAGUUAUGUUCUUGGCUAACUUCGAAGCUGGGUCUCGAAGGGCAUUGAGAAAUUGUCAGAACGUCUAGCCUUUGGAUAAUUAUUGGAAAGGGGACAACUAUCUGGAUGUGAGAGAUAUAUGGUACAUUGACAUUUCACUAAUUUUUUUUAAUGCUUUUCAUGUUUGGUUUGUUGGCAUCUCUAUAGACCUUUGGAGUCUAUGAAUGUUUAUGAUCUCAUCCAUUAAGAUGCACUUCUAGUAUUCAAUCUGAAAGCAAAUUGCUUAAUUAGGCAUUUUCAUGUGCUACAUCAAUGAGUAUUUGGAAGUUACUCGUUUGCUUCAAAUUAUCUC